GGCCCACUUCCCAUUUGGAAUAUUUAUGCAUGCAUGCCUUAUAGACCAAACUUGCAUCACCAGUCUUUUUUGCCACCUCCACGGCUCCACUUGAGUCACCAAUUGCCUUCAUAUCUUCUUUCUCCAUCAGAUCCUUCAACCUAAAAGCAAAUAAGGCAAACAUUCAAAUAUGAUAUUGCAAAAAAAAAAGAGAGACAAUUUCACUGUAAAACUCUAUGGGGAGCAUUCGUGCACCCAUGGUAGCACUCAUUUGGGGCACCCUAUCAUGAUCCUAAUAGAAAAUAAUAAAAGAGGGAGACUUUUUCCCCUCUUCUUUAGAUUUUAAAUCUUAUACAUGUAGUGGUAGUGCCGUGGUGGUGGACACUAUCCUAAUCCUCUGCCAACAAAAAUAAAGUGAGCACGAGGCAAGGUUAUGGAUGGUCGGAUGCUCGCCAUCACUGUGCCGCCACCUAGCAGCCAAAGCCCUCUCCGUCUCUGGACGCAUCCGCCAUCAUCGAUGUCGCAUCUUUGCAAUCCUUUGCCAUUCCAUCCCUGCCUCCGGCGUCCCAGGCCUACUGCCACAUGCACAUUCAUCUCAGCCGCCCCUGCCUUACUGCUGCCGCGUGCAUCUCCGUUCCGAGCGUCAGAUCCAUGACGCCGUUUUACCAGUCCUGCCGCAGGUUCCACCAUCCGAAUUUCUAGGUGUGUUAAGGAUAGUCAAUAAUUUUGGUUAGUGCUAAACCAUUUGAUGGACACAGCUUCUACCACCAAAUUUGAACACGUUGCCUUGACACAAAGUGGUAGCAGUUUAUCUUUGAUUCAUCCCCCCUUUUCACCUCAAACCUCCGUAUUCAUUAUCUCCCCAGCAAGGAUUUCUUU